GCAGUGGACCAACUUUUUCGAAUACUCCUCCUCACCAUGGCCUCCGCGAGCCAAGUGCGCGUGGCGCUGGGCGCGCUAGGUAGUGGUUGUGCGCUGACCUUCGUCCUCACCCAGCUUCUCUCCUCUCCACCUAAAGCGAAGCCCUGCCCUUCGGAGAAGGCCCGGAAGGAGACCUUCGACCAGCUGGCUCCCCGUUGGGAUGUCCUGGUGCGCUCCGAUGAGUUUCUGGCGGGCAUCGGCAAGCUGCGGAGGCGAUUGAUACAAAAAGCCCGUGGAGAUGUCUUAGAAGUGGCUGUCGGCAGUGGCCGGAACUUCUCGUACUACAACACCGGGCGUGUCACAGAGAUCACCGCCGUGGACUUCAGCCGCGCCAUGUUGGAGGUGGCUGAUGAGAAGCGGAAAGAAGUGGAGCCGGUGCCCUUGCGCUUGAAGUUGGCCAGCACGCACCGCUUGGACUUCGAGGACAGCUCCUUCGACACCGUGGUGGAUACCUUUGGCAUUUGCUCGUUUGAGCAACCGGUGCAGGCGUUGCAAGAGAUGCGCCGGGUGCUCAAAGACGAUGGCCAGAUGCUUCUGCUGGAGCAUGGCGCGUCCAAAUGGGAGUUUGUCCAGGGCAUGCUGAACCGCGGGAUCCACCGACACGUGGAGAAAUACGGGUGCUAUGCCAACCGAGACAUUCCGAAGUUGGUGCGGGAAGCGGGGCUCCACAUCACCUCUGAUCAGCGCUCCCAUUUCGGCACCACCUAUUCCUUGGUGUGCGCCAAGCAUCCUCCGAAGGAGGAAGAGGAAGAGUAGUGAGUAGCGGCGUAGCGGCAGCCUUCAUAGCUGGCUCCGAAGCAAUGAAAAAAUAGCUGCAUUCUGUAGAUGAAACGUUUGUGUUGCGCUGUUGAAGCUGACUUCUCAGCCAAAGACCAAGCUGACUUCUCGUUUCUUCGUAUAAAA